UUGGCACUACAAACUGUAAAGGAAAAAAGAAGCCAAAAAAAGAAAGCGAAAAUUGAGAUAUUUGACCGACCCUAAAGUUCUAUUUCUUAUUGUGCUUUUGGUCCUCCUUGAAUUGAUAUUCAAGGCUGCAACCAACACACCCAACUCAUUUUGUCCUGCUUCCUCUGCUGAAAUCACAGCAACAUGAGAGCCUCAUUCAUCUGUGUGAACAAAAUGGGGUGUCGGCUACUAUGGAUGAUUGUAGCGUUCACUCUCAUAUCGAUGGGAGAAAGCAAGAAAAGUACAGGUGAAUCGUGCCAUCCUGAUGACCUGAUGGGUCUAAUCAGUUUCAAGGCUGGAAUUCGGAUUGAUACUUCAGGUCGGUUGGAGAGGUGGGUUGGCCGCAGUUGCUGCAAAUGGGAGGGCAUUUCCUGUGAUAAUACAACUGGGAGGGUGACACAACUCCUCCUCCCAGGGUUCAUCUCCACAGAUGUUUCUAUCCUCCAAACUCAGAUGAAAGGCUCACUAUCUCCAAAGAUAACACUUCUCACCUCUCUUCAAGUAAUUGAUCUCAGUGAACUCAGUUUCAUUACUGGAAACAUUCCAACUUCAAUUGGUUUUCACCUCCCAAACCUCCGAAAACUCUAUCUCCUUCGCAACAAGCUGAGUGGCCCAAUUCCAGAAAGCAUUGGUAAGUUGUCCAAACUUGAGGAAAUCAUACUAAGUGAGAAUCGCUUCUCUGGGUCUCUCCCUUUGAGCCUUGGGAAUCUGAACAAUCUCAAUAGACUUCUAUUGGAUUCAAACCAAUUUUCUGGUGCAAUACCUGAUUCUCUUGUAAACUUGACAAUUUUGGUUGUUUUAGAUCUUCAUCACAACUAUUUGAACGGUCAUAUACCAGCCAAAAUUGGUGAACUGCAGGUCCUGGAACAGCUUGAUCUUUCGGAGAAUCUCUUAAGCGGGAAAAUUCCAGUUUCAUUAACUAAUAUCACUACUGUUCAAGAUAUUGACUUGAGUAACAACUCCCUUGAGGGAGAGAUCCCAUUCCCCUCCUGCUCUGGCCAAAUGCCCUUCCUCCGCUUUCUAGCCCUCCAUCACAACCAUCUGACUGGAAGGAUACCCCCAGCUUUGGGAUAUCUGGUCUCCCUACAGAGAUUAUACCUAGAAAAUAACAAGCUCAAUGGGCCAAUACCUUCCAGUUUGGGUAAUCUCUCAGAUUUGAGGGAGUUGUACCUCAGUGGCAACCGGUUAUCAGGACUAAUACCAAUAGCAUUCAGUCGACUCUCUCAGCUUAUCAACUUAAACCUUUCAAACAAUUUGAUUCGAGGGUUGCCUCAUGAGAUGUCUUCCCUCCAGAAUCUUCAAACCCUCACUUUGUCAUUCAACCCUUUAAACUUCUCCUCCAUCCCCAAGUGGAUGGCAGAAUUACCAUCAAUUUCCCAGAUUUACAUGGCAGGAUGUGGACUCCAAGGUGAAAUUCCAGAAUUUUUGCAGAGAAAACCAAUACAGGAGCUGGACUUAUCAGCCAACCAUCUUACAGGAAGCAUCCCAUCAUGGCUUGGUGGCCUGAGUCAGCUCUACUUGUUAAAUCUCUCCAAGAAUGCACUAGUUUCAGAGAUUCCUGAUUCAAUCACAAGGUUGCAUGAGUUGGGUGUACUUGAUCUCCACUCUAACAAGCUAACAGGCUCCAUAAUUGAGGUGUUCAAGAUGGGAAGCAUUUUACCUGGUGGAUCACUGAGGUACGUCGAUCUUUCUCAUAACAGUUUCUCAAGUGGAAUUGAGCAGAUCGGUGCAGGAGAACAACAUGGGAUUGAGUUUCUCAAUUUAUCUCAUAACUUUCUCAAAGGUAGAUUGCCAACUUCCAUAGGAAGAUUGGAACUGAUGCGAAGUUUGGAUUUGAGCCACAAUGAAUUGGGUUUCAACUUGCCAGAGUCUCUGGGGAAUGUGAAAUCAUUGGAGAGGCUGAAGCUGGAGAAAAACCGGUUUACAGGGAAGAUACCAGAUGGGUAUUUGAUGUUGGGAAAGCUGAAAGAGUUGGAUCUGUCAGAUAACCUUCUGGUGGGACAAAUUCCUAAUGGUAAGCCCCUGGAUGACUUCCCAAGGAGCUCCUAUUCUGGAAACAGAGCUUUAUGCGGUAGGCCCCUUGCUCCUUGUAAGCCUUGAGCAUUGAAUGUUCUUUUCUCUUGCCCCCUGAGUUAAAUUCGUGAUUUUAAUCAUAUUCAUUUGGAAAAAUAACAAUGAAUGUCUCUCUCAAUAUCUUUUACAACCAA